AUGCGGCAACCUUCUCCCCCCUUCUUCCUCCCGCAUAUCCUCUGGCAGUUCGAAAUCCAUAUCUAUCCAGUUCGUUCUUUUUGGCUCCCUGGAGACUUGGCAGCUAAUUUGCCAACCGGAUCUCCAAAAUUCUGGUAUGGGAAUGACUUGACCUGGUCUGUCAUUGCACGUGUCGAUAGCCAGGCAUACAGCCUGUUUGGCGUGACCAAUACGCUUGAUGGAGUGCAGGAAGCUACCGUGAUUGCGGCCAACUUUACCUCGACGCACAGCAUCUUCACCUUAGAAGCCGGGUCAAAGACGUUCACAUUGGACUUUUUGUCCCCCGUGUCGCCUCAGAACCUGCUGCGUCAGUCUCUGCCAUUCUCUUAUCUCACUGUUUCUGUGAGCGGGGGUUCCAGUGAAUCCGUACAGAUCUACUCGGACAUCGAUGCUUCCUGGACGGGCAAGCCCAACAAUGCGGGAUGGCGGUUCUCAACCAACGGUUCGACAUCUAUUUACCAUGUCAGCCCUGCGAAUGCUGUUCCCUUCACCCAGAAUACAGAGAAUCAGGCGCUUUGGGGCCAGGUUCUUUACGCCAGCCGCCCGUCUAGUCAGAGUACCUUAUCGUCCGCUUCUGGAGCACUGUCAACCAUUCGCUCCCAGUUCGUCAAAGAUGGCGCAUUGAAUGGCAACAAUGCGGACUGGACUUCAAACGGAGUUGUAGGAUUGGCUCACGACCUGGGCAACGUAUCUGGAACGGUUUCUGUCACCUUUGCCAUCGGUCAUGUUCACGAAGAAGCCAUCAAUUAUCUGGGCAAUACGCAGACGGGAUAUUACCGAACUCAGUACCCAAGCGCUGUAUCUGCUAUCUCGCACUUUUUGGAUGACUACACGGAUGCUGCAAGCGAAGCAACGACAGUGGAUAACUUUAUCCAGCAGAAGGGGGAGUCGGCUCAUAGUUCCAACUAUUCUGAUGUCCUCGCGUUGUCUCUACGGCAGACCUACGGUGGAAUUGAGCUAACCGUGCCGUAUGACUCGCUGGAUGCGAAUGAAGCCCGCGCGUUCAUCAAGGAAAUCUCCAGUAACGGUAACAUUAAUACGGUGGACGUCAUCUACGCGACGUUCCCCGUGCUCUAUAUUCUUAGUCCUGAGAUUCUCAGACUCCUCAUUGAGCCGAUCUUCGAUUACAUGGAGAGUGAUGCCUACAGCGAAACGUUUGCCGUUCACGAUCUUGGAACACACUAUCCCAACGCGACAGGCCAUAACCCGGAUGGAGAGGAUAUGCCAGUCGAGGAAAGCGGCAAUAUCAUCAUCCUAACCUACGCCUACCAGCUGGCAACGGGCAACACUGACCUCACGAGUGCAUAUUCCUCGCUGUUGGAGCAGUACGCCCAGUACCUGCAGAAGGACGGCAAGUACCCCUCAAACCAGCUAUCUCUCAAUGACGCUCUGGGUCCCAUUGCCAAUCAAACAAAUCUGGCCAUGAAGGCUGCGGUGGGACUCAAUAUCUACGGCAAGAUUACCAACCAGGACGACUACACGGCUCAAGGGAAAUCCAUCGCCCAUGCCCUGUACGAAGAGCGUCUAGGAACGGACGCAGAUGGGACUUACUUUACCAUCCAGUACGGAAACGACACUUGGUUCCUGGUAUACAACCACUACGGCGACGUCCUCUUCGAUCUGGACCUCUUCUCCGACGAGGCCUACAACGCUACGACAAAUUUUUACCCAACAGUCCGCAAGGCGGCAGGCGUCGCUCUGGAAGGUGGUAUCGAAUGGGGCCAGACAAACUGGCAGGGUUUUGUCGCUGCGACGGUUGACGGGACGACUCGAGACUUGUUCAUCUCAGACUUGCAUGCGUACAUCGCCAACGGGCAGAAUCGUGCCCCCUUCUCAGACCGAUACUGGGUCGCGGAUAGUGGUGAUAAUGCCGCGGGAAAUUACUUUAAGUUCCGGGCACGGCCGACAUUGGGGAGUCACUUUGCUCUGUUGGCUUUACAGGGCGGGGAUCAGUGGUCUUCCUAUAGUUCAUAG